UUGUAUUUUGUUUUGCAGGUGGAAACCCUGACAGCAGCUAUUUUUACACAUUGACUUAUUCAUCCCAAGUGCUGAGCCAUAAUUAAUUCCAUCAUGUCCACCCAAUCAGCUCAGUCUUAUCCUCAGGAUGCCUACAAGGCUCUGCUCAAAGGCAUCCAGGAGUUGGACCUUCAGCACUCCAGUGUUCCUUGUAACCUGGUGCUGACAGGAGAUGCCUUUCCUUUAGUGAUAAACAGCCAUGGUCAUAUCCUCCUGGCUGCCUCUGUGUAUGGGGGAGGAAGAAUUGUGGUUCUGAGCCAUGAGACCUACCUGACCCUCUGUCCUGCUCUGGUAGAAAAUGCUCUGACCUGGCUGGGAGGAGAGAAGUCUACAAACCUGUCUUUGGGGGUGCAGAAAAAAAUGAAGGCUGUUGCUGAUAACCUCAGCAGUUCCAGCUACAAAGUCAGUCUCGUUGAGGAAUUUAGUAAAGAUCUUGGAGUCGAUGUGUACAUAACAGAUGCCUAUGAAGUGGGUACAAAAGCAGGAGACCUGGUAACCUUCAUGAAAGCAGGUGGAGGGAUUCUGAUCGGUGGGCAAGCUUUGUCGUGGGCUUCACAGAACCCCAAAGAAAACCUCAUCCUUCAGUUUCCGGGGAAUAAAGUAACAGCAGUUGCAGGAAUCUACUUUUCUGCUCAGUCUGGAGGAGCAGAAAAAAUGCCCAUUUACGCUGAGAUCCCAACCUCCUGGAAAGCUGUACAAAGUAGGAUGGAUUUCAAAGAAGACCUGGAGUUUUUGCUACAAGGAAUUUCCAAUUUUAGCAUCCGGCCAAGAAAUUUAUUUCCCUGUGCGGCUUUGGUCCAUGGUCCUCUCUCCUUUUCCAUCUGUGCCACUGAUGAUGGAGAGACGUUCCUGGCAGGAUCCUACUAUGGACGGGGACGGAUCAUUUUAGUGACGCAUCAAAUAUUUCUGGAGAGAGAGAAUAUGGCAUCAUUCUGGAAGAAUGCUUAUGAUUGGUUGGACCAAGGCAGAAAAGGAGUCGUUGGAUUUGAGCCGGGAGUUAAACCUUUACCCAAUUUAGGGUUGACAUGUAAAACUACACAGUUAAACCAGGACCUGAGCGUGUUUGUGUGCACAGCAUACACUGGAACUGAAGCCCAGAUGAUCCAAAACUUUGUGGUGGAAGGAGGAGGCCUGGUUAUUGGUGGAGAGGCCGCGGAUUGGGCAUCAAAGAACACCGGACAAAACCCAAUGCAAGACUUCUCAGGAAACAAGAUCUUGAACAAAAUGGGCCUGAGCUUGCUGAGAAAAACUGUGCAGAAAGGGGAAUACAAAGCUCCUGAUCCAAGCCAGGUCAAGGAAUUUCACAUCCGUGAUCUACUCCAUCGUUUUGCUGGUCAUGUUCUAGAAGGCAGAGAACUCAACAAGGAAGACGAAGAGCACCUUGAGAAGCUGGGAAAAGAUUUGGCCUCGUUCUUAAACAUGAAAGCUUAUGAUCGCUUCUCUUACAUAGAGAUUCUUUCCGUUUUGAUUGACAUCUUAAAAAAAGGGGAGAUAUCACAGGUGAGUCAUAAGAAACCUGUGAAAAGUCCCAAACAACACAUGAUCAUCAGCAUGGCAACAGACGUGUACGAAGCUUCCCUGAACCAGGAGGACCUUCUGCCUUACAUCAUCAAAGAUAACCCACCACUACCUGUGGUGAAGAAUCAACGGAUCAAGAUCACUGCCCAAACAGCACACAGUGGAUGGAUCAGUACAGGCCUCUACCUCUCUCCUGGCAUGAAGACAGAUGUCGUUUUACCACCGAAGUUGGUGAACACUAACUGGAGGAUCCAGAUAGGCUGCCACAGUGAUCACCUGAAGAAAAAGGUCUUAGUGAGAGCACCGUAUGUUAUCAAGAGGUUCCCUGUUACAUCAGAAAGGAUGAAGGUGUGGAACCUGUGGGGAGGACUCAUCUACCUGAUGGCUCCACGUAAUAUAAAGUUGGAGGAGGAGCAGGAAAUCGUGGUAGAGGAGGCUGUGGCUGCUCCUUAUUACAAGUCUGGGGUAACAACGGCUGCUGAUUGGUCCUCUGUGCGCCAAGCACCUGCACCGUGGGCAGAGAUCGAGUUCGACAACGUCAUCUUCACCGUACCGUCAGGGAGGAUUCGUCAGCUAGAGAUCCCUCUGGAAGCCGAAAAGCUCUGGAAUGACAUCAUGAAAGCUGUUGCCGAUCUGGCUGUCAUUCCACAAAAAUUCACCCCCAAAGAGCGCUUUGUGGUUGAUGUGCAGAUUUCUAUUGGUUUUUUGCAUUCAGGCUAUCCCAUCAUGAUGAUGCCUUCAGCUGGAGCUCAAUUGUUCAAGCCAGAUGGUGCCUGGACCAAAGGUCUGUGGGGAGAAAUUCAUGAACUGGGACACAACCAACAGAGAAGCCCCUGGGAGUUUCCAUCCCACACAUCAGAGGCCACAUGUAACUUGUGGUCUGUCUACGUACACGAGGAGGUGCUGGGACUCGGCAGAGCAGAGGUUUGUAGGUCCCUUAAACCACAAAAACGUAAGGACCGCAUAGAGAAGUACAUUGAAGAAGGCAGGAACCUCAGCAGCUGGUCGGUGUGGGUGGCACUGGAAACAUACCUUCAGCUUCAGGAAAAGUUUGGCUGGGCUGUCUUUAAGCAAGUGUUUGCUCAGUACCAUGACAUGACCAACGUUCCCAGAGACAAGGAAGGAAAGAUGAACCUCUACGCCGAGACUUUCUCCAAAGCGGCAGAUAUGAACCUGAGCGGAUUCUUCAAAGCCUGGGGAUGGCCCAUCAAACCAGCCACUGAGGAGAAACUGUCCAACCUGCCUGCCUGGACCGAUCACCCCCUGGCCCAGUAUGCCUAGGACUAGCCUGUAGAUCAGGCUCAGACCUUUAUGACCUGGAUUAGUUGUUGAUAGAAGUAGGUUCCCUUGCCUUCCCAUUAUGAUGGUAAAAAUAUAUACAAUUAACAAUACUUUGUAUUAUUUUAAAGAAUUAUAUUUCCGUGGGUUUUAUUUUAAAGAUAACAAUAAGAAAAGAGGCCUUUGACAGAAUGGAAAGAAGUAGGGAAAAUUUA